GCAAACGCCUCCCAGAACCGCCGCUCCCAGCCCCCGCCAGUCAACUCCCAGCUGCCGCCCUACAUGGGCGAGAACCUCGACGAAUGGAGCCCGUCAAAGGACGCGGCAGCAGCAGGGGCAGGUACGGGCGGCUACUCCCGCCGCCGCACAGAGCGCCACGCCCGUCGCCAAUCCUCCACCGGAAGCCGCGCCCCGGGGGCCCCGGAUCCGCCUCAGAUGAGCGGCGGCGCGUCGCCCCGCGAGCCGCCCGGAAGCCAGCACUCUCCUAGGGAUAGAUUGCCUUCUCAGCAACUACAGCAGCAACAGCAGCAGCAGCAGCAUAUGCCCAACCCGGCGGGCGGUCUCCGCCCUCCGUCCCCGCCGGCUGUUAACGAGAGCGUCCUCAGCGACAUCAGCCGCGUCAACAGCCCCAGCAUCUCAAAGAGCGUCCUCGAGCCCCUUCAGCGCAAGAUGCUCGAGUACCACCGCCUCAUGGACGAAGCUCAGGGCCAAAUGGCGCAGUACGACGAGGAGCUCCGCCUCCUGCAGGAACGCCGGCGCCUAGCUGAGCAGCGCUUCGUUGAUGCCAAGGGCAAGCACGACGAGUAUGAGCGGCAGCACCUGGACGUCGAGAGGGCUCUGCGCGGUGAUUAUGCGCCGCCUCAGCAGCAGCACCAGCAGCAGAUGAUGCCGCAGCAGAGUCAGCAGCAAAUGUAUCAGAACAGUCCGCCUCGGACGGUGCCGAGACCGGCGUCGAGUAUUAUGAGCUAUGAUGAUCGGCCGAUGAGCGGGCAAAGCUCGGGUCCAAAAAAGGGGAAGCUGAGGUUCAGUUUGUUUGGGAGGUAG